AUGAAUCCUCCGAAUACCAAUCUCCGCGCCUUCAACCUCGCUGUACAAACGCUCCUCUCAACCCCCUCCAAAUUCCUCCCUCAUCUCACCAUCUCAACAUUCACACAUCUCCCCGAGAACAUCGGCGCAGCGCUUCAAACAACAUAUCCUGCCCAGGGGAAAGAGGGCGAAAGCAAGGCCAACAUUACAAUUCGCGCCCUCAUUCUCGACAAGGACAACACGCUCUGUCCCGCGAAAACAAGCUCAUUCCCCUCGAAAAUCUAUUCGAAGCUGCACGAUCUACGCAAUUCCCCGACCUCUCCGUUCAACAUCAACACCGCGCCCGAUUCAAUACUUAUUGUCUCGAACCGUGCGGGUAGUCAUCCACGGUACGAGGACGAAGCGGUCGAGAUUGAGGAACGGCUUGCUGGGUUGCGAAUUCCGGUUUUUCAAUUACCGGAGAGUGAUAAGCAAGGUGUUGCUGUUGAAAAGAAGCCGUUUUGUGGAAAGGAGGUGCUAGAUUGGUUCCGCGAGCGGGGGGUCGUGCAGCGCGCGGAUGAGAUUGCUGUAGUUGGGGAUCGAUUAGGGACGGAUGUGCUCAUGGCGUCAGAGAUAGGGGCGUGGAGUGUUUGGUGUAAGGAUGGGGUUGGAGAGGAAAUAACAAAGGGAAAGCGGAACACGUUAGAAAAGAUGGAGGUUUGGGUUGAGCGCUAUUUGAGGGAGUCAAAGGGCUUGAAGGCACCUCCGCCGAGGGGCUUUAAUGACCCAAAACAGUAG